CAGAUUUUUACUGUGGGUGUGAGUGUGGCUUGUGGUAGUUUAGUUACGUAUUAUGGAUUUAACACAGGUGUGUUAAUUGAUAAUAAAGAAAAACAAUACUAUGAUAUAUUUGAAAACAAAGAAUCAAAAUGGAAUUCUAAUUGGGAUAGGUGUUAAUUCUGUAUUACAAAAAUAACUUUCGAAUAUUUAUUCAAAAAUAUACAAUUGAAAUACUAAAAUGGACAUAAAAAAACGUGUUAUUCGGCAACAAUCAGCUAAAACUAAAAAAGAAAAUAUACAAGUAAUUGUACGUUGUCGGCCUAUGAGUUCUAAAGAAAUUUCUAAUGGAUACUCAGAAGUUGUAAAAAUCAUUAAAGAAGAAAACUCUGUUGCUGUAGCAGUACCUAAAAAUGAUGGUUCAGAGUUCAAGCAAUUUACAUUUGAUUCAGUAUUUGAUUGGAAUUCUACUCAAGAAGAGUUGUACAAUAAAAUGGUUCAUCCAUUAAUUGAGUCGGUUUUAAACGGUUUCAAUGCAACUAUUUUUGCUUAUGGACAAACAGGAACUGGCAAAACUUAUACAAUGGAAGGUGUAAAAGAUGAUAAUUUUCCCAUAGGUGAUCAAAUAAAUCGUGGUAUUAUUCCUAGGACUUUUGAACAGAUUUUUAAUAGUAUUGAGCUAUCAAAUAAUACAGAGUAUUUAGUUUUUUCUUCUUAUCUAGAAAUAUAUCAAGAGGAAAUAAGAGACCUUUUAGAAGCUAAACCUAAAGGUAAAUGUGAACUUCGUGAAGACAAAGAUGUUGGUGUUUAUGUGAAUGAUUUGAAUAAAUAUAUAUGUAAAAAUGUCCAAGAAAUAUUGAAAGUUAUGCAUGAAGGUAACAAAAAUCGAACUGUAGGAGCUACAGAUAUGAAUGAGCAUAGUUCAAGGAGUCAUGCUAUUUUUACAGUUACAGUAGAAAUCAAAGUUUCAGCUGAACGAAUUAGAGUAGGGAAAUUAAAUCUUGUUGACUUAGCUGGUAGUGAAAGACAAAGUAAAAGUGGUGCAACUGGUCAAAGACUUAAAGAAGCUGGUAAGAUAAAUCUUUCUCUAUCAACUUUAGGGAAUGUUAUACAUGCAUUAGUAGAAGAAAAUUCUACACAUAUUCCUUAUAGAGAUUCUAAACUUACUAGACUUUUGCAAGACUCAUUAGGUGGGAAUUCUAAAACAUUAAUGAUCGCUAAUAUUGGACCUGCCAGUUAUAAUUGGGAUGAGACUCUUACUACUUUACGUUAUGCAAACAGAGCAAAAAAUAUUCAUAAUGCACCUCAUGUUAAUGAAGAUCCAAAAGAUGCUUUAAUUAGACAAUAUCAAGAUGAAAUAUCAAAAUUACGUAAUAUACUUAAUGAAAAGUCUUCUAAAAAAACAAUAAGAAAAGAAAAAAAUUAUGAUAUUGAAAACUUCCAAGAACAUACAAAAUAUUUAGAAAAACAGCAAGAAGACUUGAAUGAAAAACGUAACAAUAUUCUUGAAAAUAAAGAUAAUUUAUCGUCUGAUGAUCAAAAUAGAAUGUUACAUGAUAUUGAGUUAGAAAAGGCUAAAGUUGCUGGUGAAAUGGAUUUUAUGGCUUCUUUAAUAGGAAGAAUUCAGUCAAUGGAAAGCAGUUUGUUGAGAGGUGGGAAAUCAAUCACUGAUCAUUUAUACGAACAACAAAGUCAAAUAGACAAACGCAACAAAGAAAUCCAAGAAGAAAUAAGAUUAGAACAAGAACUUGCUAAAAAUUUGGAAGAAAUAGCUGGUUAUACAGAGUCAAUAAGAGAAACAUAUUCAACUUUAUUAGAAGAAGUAGAAUCGAAACAAGGUAAAUUUGACAAAUUAUUUGUACUAUAUCAAAAUCUCAAAGGAGAAUUAAAGAAAAAAGAAGAGUAUUAUUCUAUUAAAAGGAGGGAAAAUGAGUCAAAUCAAGAAGCAAUGACUAAACAAUUAAAAUUAGGUAAUAUAAUUAUGUCUAAUUUUAUUGCACCAGAUGAACUUCAAGGUGUCAAAGAUAGGUUGAUUUAUGAUGAUGAUACUCAUGAAUGGCGUUUAAUCAGUAAUCAACUAGAAGGACAUACUAGGGGUUGUAUCAAUGGUGUUAUUAAUUCUAGAAAAAAUGAGAAUUUAAUCACUCUAAAUUUACUUACUCUUGAACAUAAACUUGAAGAAUACAAGAAGCCAGAAAUAUCCCCAUCACUUUUAUCUAUGCUUGAUGAAGCAUUGAAAGUAGAAGAUGAUUUGCAAGUAGAUGCAUCAAUUGCUAUUCGCCCAAGAAGUGUUCGCAGUGCAGUUGGACCAAAGAUUAAACCAACUACUAGUAGAAAUUAUCCAAGAGCUCGAGGAUUAAUACCAAAAUAAACUUAUAAUUUUAUUCUAAAUAUUUUAUAUUAUUCUUUCUAAGUCCUCUUAAAGAUAACUGCUAGUUAAAAAAUGAUAAAUACUUUAUAUGUUUCUUUUUUUACUUUGUUACCUUUACUUAUGUUUCUAGUCAUAUUAUUACAUGACAACAUUUAAGGUUGAAUUAGAUUUUUUUUUCACAAUUAAAAAUCAUUUAUUUUUACUUCAUGUCGUCCUUUGCUUCUGAAGCUCUAAUAUUAACUAAUAUAGUCAUAUUGUCUAGUCUUUUGUACACCAUAACAUACUAAUAAAAUAUAUAUUUGUUGAAUUA